AUGUUGCGUCUGCUCGAGCGGUCCAGUCCAGACCAUCGCGCUGGUCUCUCUCUCCUCUCUCUCUCUCUCUCUCUCUCUCUCUCUCUCUUCUCCUCUCUCUCCCUCUCUCUCUCUCUCUCUCUCUCUCUCUCUCUCUUUGUGGCUCGCACCCUUGCUCGGCUGGGAGAGACAGGCUCGUGUCUCACCUCGACGCAUCAUCAACGAUUGGGUUCUUUGAACAUAGAGCGGGCCCUUUUCACUGUGAAACGUCCCAGUCAGCACCGGCAACGGGAGUCUGACGUGCACAGCCGUGUCGACACCCUCAACCCCCUUGCCAUGGCCUCCGGUGGCAAGCCCAGUUGGGGUCUUGAUCUCUGGGACCAAGAAAAGACCAUCUUCGAGCGCGUGGACCAUGGCAUUGAGUUUUUUAACAACUGCCGCCAUCUGAUCCAAGCUCAAGCCGCCCUCGAGGCUCACUAUGCCAAAGAACUUCAGAAGCUCAUUAAGCAAUAUGGUGACCUUAAGCAAGACUGUGGUGGUGAAGAAAGCUCCAUGAUGAAGGCCUGGCGCACGGUACUUGAGCAGCUCGAUGCCAUUGGCAAGCAGCACGAACUGCGGGCCGAGGAUCUCAACACGCAGUGUGCGGACAAAAUGAAGAUCGUGGUCAGCGAGCACCGAAACACUCGCAAGACAGUGGCCAGUGAACUCUCAAAAGCCUCGAAAAAACUAUCUUCUGCACGCGGCAAGUAUGAAGCAGUUCGCAAGGACUACGAACGCCGUCAGCGCGACGCCAUUGCAGCAAAAAACAAGCUCGAGCAAGCUGAAGACGAGUCAAAAAUGACAGAGGCCAAGAUUAUGAAGCUGAAAGACGACAUGGACAAAGCGCACCGGGAGUGUGGCACUGCAAAGGAGAACCACGAGCUCUCAGUCGUUGAGUUUAAUCUCGCCCAAAAGCAAUUUUACCAAGACGAGCAAGCCCGGCUCUUUGACCUGUAUACCAAAGCCCUCCGCUGCUCUCUGCCCAUCAUGACCAGCUGCAUUGACACGAUGGAUCUCGAGCUGCAAGCAGUGGACGCGUCGUCAGACGUGCAUCUUUUCUGUGCCAAUAUGAAGUCUGGCAUUGAGAUUCCUGGCGACAUUGAUGCUUCCGCAGCCAAAAUUGCGGCCACGGCGGGUGUGACUGUGCAGCAGGUCAACCAGCGUCGUGUCCUGAAGCACAAACUGUUCAAAACCACGAGUCGCAAGAAAGAUGCAAUCCGUGAUGACUUUGGCCAUCUGCCACCGGAGCAGCGACGCAAGGCUAUUCAGAAAAAGAUCUCCGAGUUGCAGGAACAACAUGACAAGGCCGAGAAGAGCAUCAUGGCCACGCAAAAGACAAUUGACCUAUACCGUGACCAGCCCCAGUUUGGUGACGCCAAAACAAUUGCUGCCGCCGAGGGUGAAAUAUCCGGAUUGGAGAAGGAGCGCGAAAAGCUGGCGAACGAGCUAUACAAGUUUCAGCUGUAUCUAUGCACCAUUGACAAAAGCGAGCCCCCAGUGCCUCCCACGGGCUACAAGGAGGUCACGGCCAUGCUGGGGGAUGAGGAUAAUAUCUCUGUCAUGAGCCACGAUAGCUACGCUUCGGGGCAUAGCCACAACCCAUUCCCUUCGCCCGCUCAAGCCAGUCCGAGCGCUGCAGCCGCCGCACCAGACGCCAACUCUUUUGCUGCCCCUGUUUCGCAACAGGCGGAGGGUGACGAUGAGGAUGACUUUGACAACUGGAGUGAUGAAGAUGAGGGCCAGGUCAUGGCCGACCCGCUGGCCGAAUCCACUGCCGCCGAUCCAGCUCCUCCCCCGGCUGCGCCGGCUGUUGAUGCUGUACCCACGGUUGGGACAGCACGAGCUCUCUACGACUUUCCCGGCACAAACCCUGGUGAAAUGGCCAUGCAGGCCAACGAGGAGUUGCAGGUUGUCGCAUUAGAUGAUGGCUCCGGCUGGGUUCGUGUGCUCAAGAACGGGGCUCAAGGCUACUGUCCGGCCUCCUACAUUGAGAUGACCUCCUCUGACUCUUGAGUAUCCCCGCCAAGUUUGCAACAGAACACAAACACGGCAUUCUGAGCUGCCACGAUGGCAGUCUCGCGACUUGUGCUGAUGAUUGCUUUUGUUGUGUUGGCUUGCCGUCCUGCGCACCGCUAUUAUUUGCAAAUGGGGUGUUUGUUUGUUUGUUGGUUUUUUUUUUUUUUUGGACAAUUAUUGCCUGUUGUUGUCGUUACUGUGGUCCCCCUGAGACCUGACCUAGUCGCGCGCAUGUGGCCAGCAAGCACCGUAAAGUUCUUUUUUUCUUUGUCGUGAGGCUCACGCCUAUACAGUCUGUUAUUGGCUUGCUGACCCAGGAAAUUGAUUCUUGACCAUG